UGACGCGUUCCGAUUUCUAACCCCAUCCUAAAUCCAGGCAAGAAGGAUCUCGCCAUGGCGCCGCCGCCCACCGCCGCCGCCGCCGCCGCCGUCCGGUGCAACCCGCAAGUCCUCCGCAGGGGCCUGCACCCCGCGCCAUCCCCGCUCCCAUUCGCCUCGCGGGCGGCCUCCACCGCGCCGCUCCGCGUCCCGCCGCUGCGCUUCUCGCUCUCCCCGGUCCCCAAGAGCAUCUCCUCCCCGUCAUCCUCCCGCAUCCCCGUCCGCUCCCUCUUCACCGGGAUCGUCGAGGAGGUCGGCCGCGUGCGCCGCAUCGGCCCGCCGCCCACGCCUCCAUCCGGCGGCGGCGGGGGCGGGGACGCUCCGGGCGUCGACCUCGAGGUCGAGACCAAGAACCUCCUCGCGGGGACGCAGCUGGGGGACAGCGUGGCCGUCGACGGGACGUGCCUCACCGUGGCGGCCAUCGACGCCGCGGCCUCCACGCUCACCUUCGGCGUCGCGCCCGAGACGCUCCGCUGCACGUCCCUCGGCGACCGCGCCGCGGGCGACGACGUCAACCUCGAGCGCGCGCUCACGCCGGCGUCCCGCAUGGGCGGGCACUUCGUGCAGGGCCACGUCGACGGCACCGGCCAGAUCGCCGCCUUCCGGCCCGAGGGCGACUCCGUCUGGGUCACCGUGCGCGCGCCGCCCGAGAUCCUGCGCCUGCUCGUGCCCAAGGGGUUCGUUGCCGUGGACGGGACCAGCCUCACCGUCGUCAACGUCGACGAGGACGGCGGCUGGUUCGACUUCAUGCUCGUGCGCUACACGCAGGACAAUGUUGUGCUGCCCAAGAAGAAGGUAGGGGAUAAGGUGAACCUCGAGGCUGAUAUACUGGGCAAGUAUGUGGUCAAGCUCCUUGCCGGGAGAAUGGAGGCAACCUCCAAGGCAGAUUCUUGAGCUCUUCCUUCUGUUGGUGUUACUGCAAUGUAUUCUUAUUAUGUUCAUCAAUAAAAGUGUAUUUUGUGCA